GGGAGCCCGGGGCGGGGGCCGGAGAGCGGCUCCGGCAGCGGGGCGGGGGCGCUGCCCGGGAGCCAGCCCAGCCGCGCCGGAGAGCUGCCCGCUUGCCUUCCCGCCCGGAGUGUUGAACCCUCCCUCGGGAAACGCGGCUCGAUCCGAGGGAAACGAGGCUGCCGGCGCUGCCGGGUUAGAGCCUGUGCUGCCGAGGGCUCCGGUGCGCCGGGGGUGCGAGGGAGCGGAGCCUCCCGGAGCAGCCGGCGGGAGAGGAGCCGAGCCCCGAGGUGCGGCGGCAGCGAGGGGUGGCGGUGUUGGUGAUCAGAGCCCUUCGGAAAACCAGACCUCCGGAGCGGCAGCUCUACUGAAUUCCCGAUGCUUGCUUGUAAAGCAGAUUUGUAGCUGUUUGUUCACAUGUGUCCAGGGGGAGAUGAAGUACAUUGGAUCCUGCAUAGUUUGGCUUUGUAUGGCAAUCUUCCUCCUUCCUGUUACUACUUCUGUGGCUGUCAGUGACCAGACAGGUGCUGUGUGUCCUUUAAUGAAAACAGUUGCCCGUCAUCUCAAACAAAUCAACAGAGACAGUCAUGGUGUAUCAGGGUUUGAUCUGGCAGAAAGCUUUUCAUUAAGGCAAACAUCUUGUGGUGGGGAAAAGAUCUGUUUUAAACUGGGAAGUGCACCUCUCAUUAGAGAUACAAGGCAAGUGUUUCCAAAUGGGCUUCCUGAAGAAUACUCUCUGGUUGCUACGUUCCGUGUACGGCGAAAUACCAAGAAAGAGCGUUGGUAUAUAUGGCAAGUUUUAAAUCAGUAUGACACACCUGAGAUCUCUGUCCUCCUGGAUGGUACAAAAAAGGUGGUGGAGUAUAUGACCAAAUCCUCUCAGGGAAAUAUACUGCACUACACUUUUAAGAGUCGAGAAAUUUAUCCAUUGUUUGAUCGGCAGUGGCAUAAGCUUGGUAUUAGCGUGCAGUCGGGGAUCAUUUCCCUCUAUUUGGAUUGUAAUUUAAUUGAGAGAAAGCAGACUGAUGAGAAAUUCACCAUUGACUUGCAGGGAAGGACACUGAUUGCUUCUCGUGCUGCGGAUGAUAAGCCUGUAGAUAUUGAACUUCACCACAUAGCAGUUUAUUGUAAUUCACAACUUGCAAUAGAAGAUACAUGUUGUGAAAUAUCUUCAGACUUGUGCCCACGUGAGGAGAGGUUACUGGCUACAACUUCAUCACCAGUGACUGUUCGUGCCAGCAAAAUAUACACUCUUCCAGGGACGCAGCAAGAAUCUACACAGAGAUGCCACUGCUUUCCAAAUAAAGGAGAAGCAGGAUUGCCUGGAGUAGCUGGUUUGCCAGGCCAGAAAGGAGAGAAAGGUGAAAAGGGAGAGAUGGGUGUGAAAGGACCGGAUGGUGUUGCAGGUCUGCCUGGUGAAAAGGGUGAACGUGGCUUUCCAGGUAGUAAAGGUGAAGAAGGUGAAAAGGGUGAAAAAGGAGAUAAAGGAGAACCAGGACCAGAAGGCCUUCCUGGAACAGAGGGACUAAAAGGUGACCCUGGCAGUCCUGGUGUGGCUGGUCCAAAAGGAGAAAAGGGAGAUGCAGGACCUCCAGGACCAGCUGCCUUGAGUGGCUUGCUGGAGGGUCCCCAAGGUCCACCUGGCAAAGAAGGUCAGAGGGGGAGACGAGGCAAACCAGGCCUUCCAGGAAAACCGGGGCCACCAGGACCACCAGGCCCAUCUGGACUAAAAGGAAUCCUGGAUUCAUUGAACAAGCAUUAUAAUGAGAGUGAUACAAGACUACUGGGAGUACUUGGGAUCCCUGGACUUAAAGGCCAGAAGGGAGACGUUGGUCAAAAAGGAGAAUUGGGAAUGACUGGUGCAAAAGGAGAAAAGGGAGAGCCUUCUGAAAAAGGGGACAAAGGAGACCCAGGAGAGACUGGAAUGGAGGGAUCAAAAGGAAAUAAGGGUGAAAUGGGAGAUCCUGGACCACCUGGUCUUAUUGGAAAUCCAGGAUUGAAGGGACUGCAAGGCCCUCCAGGACCUGUUGGACCCCGGGGACUGCCAGGAGAAGUUGGCUUACCAGGAGAUCCUGGUGUACCAGGAAUUAAAGGAAUUAAAGGAGACAAGGGUGACCCUGGUGGAAUUGUGGGACCACCUGGACAUCCAGGUCCAAAAGGCGAUAUGGGGCCUCCUGGGCCAAGUCUUCCUGGAACACCAGGUCCCACUGGUGUUCCUGGAAACCCAGGUCCAAGGGGGCCAAAGGGAGAAAGAGGACUACCUGGUGUACAGGGAGCACCUGGGGAGAUGGGGCCCCCUGGCAUAGGCAUUCAGGGAUCACCAGGUCCUAAAGGUCCAACUGGAUCAGCAGGUGUGCAGGGCCCUAGGGGACCUCCAGGAUUACCAGGAGCUCCAGGUACCCCUGGUAUUAAUGGCACUCCAGGAAGAGAUGGAAAGCCAGGACUACCAGGCCCUCCAGGUGAUCCUGUUGCACUUCCCCUUGUGGGAGACAUGGGUGCUAUACUGAAGGGUGAUCCUGGAACAAGAGGUCCUCCAGGCAUUCCUGGCAGAGAAGGACCAAAAGGAAGCAAAGGUGAACGUGGAUUUCCUGGGCUUGUGGGAGAAAAGGGCGAUGAGGGUCUUCAAGGUGCUCCUGGACUGCCAGGUGUAUCAGGACCCAGUGGCCCAUCCGGAGUCCCAGGAAGACCUGGACAUCCCGGUCCAGCUGGAGCAAAAGGAGAAAAGGGUAGUGAAGGUUCUCCUGGGAAACCUGGACCACCUGGGCCUCCGGGUAUGCCUUACAAUGAAAGAAAUGGAAUGAGCAGCUUAUAUAAACUGCAGGGAGGAGUGAGUGUUGCAAGUUAUCCGGGUCCACCAGGACCUCCGGGUCCAAAAGGGGAUCCUGGAACAGCGGGAGACCCAGGACCAAUGGGAUUACCAGGACUGGAAGGACUGCCAGGGGAAAAGGGUGACCGAGGACCAGCUGGAGCACCGGGAGUGUCAGGGACACCGGGAAAGCCGGGAUCUCCUGGGUCCCCAGGGCUGCCAGGAGAACCUGGUGAAAGAGGACCUAUAGGAGAUAUAGGCUUCCCUGGUCCAGAAGGGCCACAAGGAAAACCAGGAAUCAAUGGAAAAGAUGGAUUGCCAGGUCCUCCGGGUGCUGUGGGGAGACCAGGAGACAGAGGACCCAAAGGAGAACGUGGAGAUCAGGGUAUUCCAGGGGACAGAGGUCCACAGGGUGAACGAGGGAAACCUGGUCCAUCAGGAGAGAAGGGGGAUGUGGGUCCUGUUGGCCCUCCAGGAGACAGAGGCUAUCCAGGAUCACCAGGUCAUCAAGGUCCCCCAGGCUCACCAGGACCCCCAGGGUUUCCAGCUGAUGCAAUUUCACUUGAAGAAAUAAAAAAAUAUAUCAAACAAGAGGUUCUUAAGGUAUUUGAAGAAAGGAUGAGUCAAUUUGUAUCCCAGCUGAAGCUGCCUGCUGCAAUGCUUGCCUCCCAAGCUCAUGGAAAACCAGGGCCCCCAGGAAAAGAUGGAUCACCAGGGCCCCCAGGAAAAGAUGGUUUGCCAGGGCCACCAGGAGAACGUGGAAUUCAAGGUUAUAGAGGACAGAAAGGGGAAAGAGGCGAGCCUGGAAUUGGACUGCCUGGUAACCCUGGACCACCCGGCCCUGCAGCAGCUGCUGGCCUGCCAGGCCCACCAGGAGCAUCAGGCUCACCGGGACCGCAGGGGCCGCCUGGACCCAACGGGAGGUGCAAUCCGGCAGAUUGCUACUACCACGUGUCACAGACUCGCUCACGCACCAGCAGGAAAUAAAAUCCCUCUCCCCCUGACACUUGGGUUCACGGUCACUCUUCACUCUUUCCAAUAAGUUAAUUUAAUUUUUGAAAUAUUUGGUGCAUUUUUUUUUCUCUCGACACUGCAUGGUAUAUAGAUAAUUUGUAAGGCACAAAAUUGAGCCUUUUUCUAUGUUAUUUGCAGUGUCAUAAUGAUGACAUGAUGUCAUAUAUUUUCCAGAGUGCAUUCCAUGUGUUGUUUCUCAUAUUUAUUUUGCUUAGAACAGAAAAUAGGCCCAAAUAAUUUUCAUAAACUUCUUUCUUCAAACAAAAAAUAUUUUAUUAUAACUUAAGACAGUAUGUAUGCCUCCAUAUGUAAGCUGGCUUUAUUUUUCUUGCUGGUGGUGAAUUUUAAAUGGAAAAAAUACAUUUCUGAAGUUACAGAGCGUACUCGUUCCUGGCGAAUGCAGGACCUGAGCUGGAACACUGGGAACUCUGUUCAGACUAAACAUUCAUGUCCCUCAAUGAGGCUCCAGCACACCUUCUGAAAAGGGUCUGCCAUGGUCCAGGAAUGCUCCCCACCAUGUCACAGUCACAUCCAAGAUGGCAAAGAAGGAAACGAAGAUGUGGUUAUGGUCUCCUUAUCCCAUCCAACAAUGAGCUCCAGACUGACUGGAAAAUCACUGGGUGUAGCUCCAGGAAGUGUCUCUCCUGACUGGAUUUUGUCCCAGCUGGGGGCUUGUAUGUUCUUUUAGUCAUGGUUACAUGUACCCCAGAUAUUAAAUGCAAGAGGCUGCUAACAGUGUUCCAGACUGAGAGCUGGCACACCUUCUAUCCAGUAGGUGGACUGAGUAAGGCUGCUAAGGCCUGGCAUCAAGCUACUCUGCCAUCAAGUCUGCCUGCAGCAAAGGUUGACCCCUUGCUUUAGAGCAGAGGCUGGUGAGUACAUAUUCCAAGAAUGGAACUUCACAAGCCUCUAAUCUUGGUGAUGGCACUGUUUUCCUCUUCCUCCUGCAAUAUUCACUCCCUGCAAUCAGCUUGAGAAGAACAUGGAAUCUGUAGAGUGCACCACUCACGGGUCCUAUUAACUGGUGACAAUAUUUCUUGAGUUCAAGAGAAAGUCGGAAAAAAAUACAAAACCCUCCUAGAAAAGUGUACUACUGAGAGCAGCAGCAUCCAGUUUUCAGGCAUUUAGUAAGGGCUGCAGGAACAGACAAUGUCAAUGAUGAACAAUACAGAACAAUGUGUAAAUCCUGUAGAGUUCAAAGGGUUGAGCAAAAGAAAAUCUGGAGAAAAUAGAUCACACAGAUGAUCCUGAAAAGGAGUGAGUAGGGAUGGCUAAAAUUUAACUUCUGAUUAUUAGGACACAGAUGAUCCUAAGUUAGUCCUGUGGAAUUUGUACGGUGCAAUAGAAAGUGAAGGUGCUAUUUAGAGAACACAGACACAGACACCUAUAACCUACAACUUCAAAAUGCAUCUGUAGUACAUAGCCAUACUGAGGGCUCUUAUCCCAUUGUUUGGAAGUUAGUCACUCUCCCACGUCAGGCAGGGAAGUAGUUUUGGUAACUUUGUGCUUGAGCAGUACUGAGCUACCAGGGAAGUAUUCUCAAAUUGGAAGUCCUGGCUUCCAGAGAAACAGUUGUGAUACAUUAAUCUGGCCGACUUCUGGGUUUUGCUUAAAAGCAGUUUAGGAAUGACUGGUGGGAGUCUUUAGCAAAAGAUGCACAUUGGCAUUUGUUCUGAAUAGAGUUCUUAGCACUUGCAGAGCAGAGGAAGCAAGAUGAGAGCAAGAGGUGACAGAAGUAACUCAGGCAGCAGCUGGGGCACUCAGGAUACUUUCUGAAAGGGAAAGCACACAUCCCUGACACGUUCAUUGGUUAGGUGUUUGGAGGAGAGAAUAUGCUUGCUAGAAAAGGAUGUUAAAGGAAACACAGGGAUGGAAGGCUGAGAGUAAACACCUGGGACAGGAGAAGGCAGCAGGAAUGAGGAUGGCAGAAAACCUGUGGCAUACCAUGGACUAUCUCCUGAAGGAGCUGCACUACACCCUGCAGCUGGGGACGCCUUGGGGAGUCAGGGUGCUUUAUCUGUUCCUUGUGAGAAUGGGGUCAAAAGCCCACAGGCAAGCCCAGUCCUCACACCUCCUGUUCUUCUCACCCCUCAUUCCUCGGCAGGCAAUGGCUGUCCCUUCUGCAGGCUGGCACAUCCUCUGCUCUGCGGGCAGCAGGCGCCCGUCCUGCUGGGCUGAAGGUGCCUUUGGGACAAGUGGUGCUGCCUGAGCUCAGCUCAACACCAGCUGCUCCCACUCCAGAACUGCUGUGUCCAUGGAGCAUGUUUUUGUUUGCUCUGUAGAACUGAUCACCCUUCCAGUCCUGCUCCUCAGAGCGCCGGGGCUGUGGGAGUGCUGGGAAUGGUGAGGCAGCUUGAGACCGAGCACUGAGGCACCGAGCACUGUGCAGGCCACGGGUCUGCCUGCCCAGACAGCACAGCCAGCACAUCUCGGUGUUAAACAUGGACACCAGGGGAGGAGCAGCCCCACAUACUGGUGUCCAUUCUCUGAAAGCAACUGCUGGUCAGGUAUCUUGCAUAACUUGCAUAAACAUUUUGUCUUUCUUUUUUUUUCCUUUCUUUUUUUUUUUUUUUUUUGUUACUUCUGUAGUAAUUCCAAUAUUUGUAAUAAUCUAAACAUUUUUUACUUCUAAAGUUAAUUUUGAACUUCAUUUUCUGUGAUAAUAUUGAAAAGGGUGCUGUCUUGUAGUAGUACUUGUGUGACUUAGAGGUUCCCAAGCAGCCCCAUCCUGGAAGGCUGUACAUAGACCAUUGCACCGCACUGGUGGUAUCUGUAUAUUUUGGGGCUUUUAGCUUGCUGAAACCCAGCAUCUGUUAUCUGCCAGAUGCAAUUGCUGUAUUUUAAUUUACUUGAACUUACUGGGAAGCAGAACACUUUUUAUAUUUGAAGAAGUUUUAUUUUUUCAUCUAUGUUUCCUACAGAUGCCUUUUUCUUUUUAUAGGCUUAAAGAGAAAGGUCUUUCUAAAAUGUAUUUGAAUGCUUUCAGUUGAUUUGCAGGUAACUUUGGUAAUUAUCUUGUUGCAUUUUUUUUUUUUUUUUUUGCUAAAAGCCCACUUUAAUUUUCUCAUGUGAGAAAACGGGUAAUUUUUUAUGUGGGCUAUCUCAGUACCUAUUUUAAGAUGCCACGUUCUUCACUGGGGUAGAGCAGAGCUAAUCCCAGCUUAACUUUACUUCACACUGGCUUGCUCCUAAUUCGCAUUUUUAGAAUUGAAAGUGGAAUGUAGCUGGAAACAUGUGUCUGCAUGCUUUUCAGGUUUGGCCCCUGAAAUUUCUUUGCAGUUUCAGACUGAUGUUGUCUUAGUUUUUGGGCAGGAGGCCAGGGAGGGAAGAGGGGAUGCUAAUCUAUUUUGCAAUUUGCUUUAUCUGUUUUGUAUCUGUUUUGAGCAGCUCAUGCUGCAGUAAUCACUGCAAGGAAAUAAACACAAGGGAUUAUUUUUUUUUUUCCAGUAGCAUAAGGUCUUUUAUUCUGCUUUGGGUUUGUUUACAUGCAACAAGACUCAGAAGUGAAAUAACUUUGACAAAAUGUUUUUAAACCUUUUUUAAAAGCUCUUGAAGCUUUAUCCUAGUUCAGGGUCAGACUUUUCUAUUUUAUGGCAAGUUGCUUUAUCACCUCUUAAAAAUGUGUUGGGAUUUUCCUUGAAUGGCAAUGUAUAGUACUCAGCUUGCCUAAAGAAAGUACAGAAGCUUCCUCAGAGGGAAGCUUUCCCAAGGCUGCAGCAGACCUCCUGCUGUCCACAUGGUGGAGUGCAAAACAUCCUUUCAGUACAAUUACAGCCCAGGCAUUACUGGCCCAGCAGAACAAGAGCUGACCUAGCCAUGUGUAUUCUCACAGCACAAA